AUGGUCAACAAGUUCUUUCUCCGCGGUCUCGGCUUCUUCAACGACGCGUACGACCUCUCGGUCAUUAACAUCAUCAACGUGAUCCUCCAAGACCAGUACGGCAAGGACGUGUUCACGGCCUCGAUGAAGUCCAACGUCUCGUCUGCCGCACUCAUCGGCGCGGUCCUCGGGCAGCUCGCGUUCGGCUUCCUCGGCGACGUUUACGGCCGCAAGAAAUGCAUGGUGGCGACCUGCGCGCUGCUCAUUUUUGGCGGGAUUCUAUGCGCGGCAGCGUACGGCGGGUCGGGCCACAACACGCUCUGGUUCCUCAUCUUUGCGCGCGGUAUUCUCGGGUUCGGUAUCGGCGGCGAAUAUCCGCUCGCAGCCGCGUCGUCGUCGGAGGAUGCCACGUCACCUGCGGACCGAAACCGUCGCGUCGCGCUCACGUUUUCGCUGCAAGGCGUCGGCUUUCUCUUCGCCGGCGUCAUGGGCCUCGUCAUGGUCAACGUCUUGGACGACAAGUCGAAGCGAGACCUCGAACUCAUGUGGCGCAUCCUCUUUGGCAUUGGCGUGCUCCCGGCCUUGUUUCUUGUCUACUACCGCAUCACGGCCGAGGAGCCGACGGCCUACCGUGCGAUGAUGGCCGACCAAGUGUCGGUCAAGGCCGUGCGCUGGAACUUCAUCCUCAAGCACUACGGCAAGAGCCUCCUCGGCACGGCCGGCACGUGGUUCCUCUUUGACAUUGUGUUUUACGCCCAGAACCUCUUUUCGGCGUCGAUUCUAACGGUUGUUGGCGCCACGUCGGACUUGCGCACGAUCGCCGUUCAAAACGUCUUGAUCUCGUGCGUCGCGCUGCCGGGGUACUACGUCGCCGUCUUCUUCAUCAACAAGCUCGGUCGCAAGGUGAUUCAGCUGCAGGGCCUUGUCUUCAUGACGAUCAUUUUUCUGAUCCUUGGCAUUGGCUGGAACACGAUCAAGGACGAAAGCACGGUCUUCAUCAUUCUCUUUGGCUUGACGCUCUUCUUCUCCAACUUUGGCCCCAACACGUCGACGUUUGUGAUGCCGACCGAAAUGUACCCGACCGCCAUCAAGAGCACGUGCCACGGCUUCUCGGCCGCCAUGGGCAAAGCGGGUGCGUCCAUCGGCUCGUACGGCUUCUCGCUCUGGGUCACCAACCCGAGCUUUGGCUACGUCGGCACGUGGUACACGUUCGCGGCGAUUUCGGCGCUCACGAUCGUCCUCACGGUGUUUUGCAUGUUUGACAACAACGACGACCACUCGAAGCUCGACAGCGAGUUCAAAACCCUCCUCGCCCGCGAAGACGCCGAGACGCGCAAGAGCUUCAGUGACGACCCGUACGUCCACGUGGAGGCAACGCCCAGUGUCCAGCAAGUCUAAUUACUGUGCUACUAUCCUACAUCAACGAAUAUCGUCUAGGCUAUAAAGACGAGAGACAAAUCACAACUACUGCGUUUUACG